GAUAGUUCUUCCGCUAGGUGCACAGGAACGGACUUAGCUUUUGCAGCUUCCUCGUACUUGCUCGAUGUGGCGAAUCUGCGGUUGUGAUACCGUGGCUAGGCGCGCAAGGCCCCAACGUGAAGCGUGUGGAAUCUGCCUUGGGAAGAAGGACGCGAGGGUUUCUUGGGCCGCUACAGGCAUGGCGGCGACUGCCCCCAGUGCGGGGGGCUCGGCGCCUGAGGCGGCAGGGUCGGCCGAAGCCCCGCUGCAGUACAGCCUUCUUCUGCAACACCUGGUGGGUGACAAGCGUCAGCCCCGGCUCCUGGAGCCUGGUAGCCUGGGCGGGAUCCCGAGUCCGGCCAAGAGUGAGGAGCAGAAGAUGAUCGAGAGGGCGAUGGAAAGCUGCGCCUUCAAGGCAGCGCUGGCCUGCGUGGGAGGAUUUGUCUUGGGAGGUGCGUUUGGGGUGUUCACUGCCGGCAUUGAUACCAAUGUGGGCUUUGACCCUAAGGAUCCUUACCGGACGCCGACGGCAAAAGAAGUUCUUAAAGACAUGGGGCAGAGAGGAAUGUCCUACGCCAAAAAUUUUGCCAUCGUGGGCGCCAUGUUUUCUUGCACUGAGUGUUUGGUAGAGUCUUACCGGGGAAAAUCAGAUUGGAAGAACAGUGUCAUUAGUGGCUGCAUCACGGGAGGAGCUAUUGGUUUCAGAGCUGGCUUAAAGGCUGGGGUCAUUGGCUGUGGAGGUUUUGCUGCUUUCUCUGCUGCAAUCGAUUAUUACCUACGGUGAGAGUAUUGCCUCUGGGGAAGGACAGCGCCAGCCCAGGAUCAGAGCUGUACCGUGGAGGGCAGUUUCUGCAGCACUCCGGGCACUUGCUUCAGAGACUGAAGAUACUUGUUUUCCCUCAUAUAGUUGGUGUGCUGAGGAAGCUGCCUGGCUGCUGUCUGCCUCCAUCCUCUGAGCAGCUGCACCCUCUGCUUCUGGACUCCUGCCUGGCUGUGCAGGGGCUGUGCCCUGCCAGCCUCUCUCUUUGGGGCAGAUCAGGAGACAAUGUGUUGACUUACUUAAGAAUUAAGCUCCACAGAGGUUCAGUCCUGACCACAGCUGGCCCUCUGGUUGUUUGGCGCUGUAGGAACAGAGGUGACUUUACAUAUACCGAGGAAGCUGUUCUACCUUGGAACUCCGUGCAGUUAUCCAUCUCGCGUAUCAGGGCAGGGCCAAGUAAAUUUAUGCCAUCCGGCUAGUUAUAUCGUCUUGUUUAGCAUUCUGAUAUCCUUGUUAAAAAGAUAUAUAUUUAUAUU